ACACACAUUCACACACACACACACACACACACACUCAUUGUAGUCCAUUGAGAAGCCUGUAGCUGAGGAAUCAUCUGCUAUUGAACGUUUCUACGACACAGACGGUGUGAAGAAAGAACAAUGUCAGGACCGAGGCCCCUUGUGCUGAGCGGUCCCUCCGGAGCCGGGAAGAGCACUCUGAUGAAGAGGCUGAUGAAGGAUCACGAGGGCAUCUUCGGGUUCAGUGUGUCACACACAACAAGAAACCCUCGACCAGGAGAGGAAGAUGGCAAAGGGCUGAACACGCUCCCCAUGCUUCUGGGGGCUACUUUACUGCCCGUAGCGGCCGUCUUCUCCUCUGAAGACUUAGAAAAGUCUACCUCAUUUUCGUGUCUAAACAUAUCAGAUGCAGACUACCACUACACAACGAGAGAGGCCAUGCAGGAGGGGAUUGACAACGGAGAGUUCAUCGAAAACGCCGAGUUUUCCGGCAACAUGUAUGGAACGAGUAAAGCUGCCAUAGAAGACGUGCUGGCAAAGAACCAAAUCUGCAUCUUAGAUGUGGACAUCCAGGGGGUAAAGAGGAUUAAAGAGACUGACCUGAACCCCAUCUACAUCUCCAUCCAGCCUCCCUCCAUGGAGAUCCUUGAAAAACGUCUGAGGGACAGACAGACAGAGACAGAGGACAGUUUACAGAAACGCCUGGACGCAGCACGUAUCGACAUGGAGCUCAGUAACGAGCCCGGAGUGUUCGAUGUUGUUAUCGUCAAUGAUGACUUAGAGAGGGCUUACGAGGAGCUGAAAGAUAUCCUCAAUGAAGAAAUCCAAAAAGUUCAGGAGGCCAAAUGAUGAGAAGGAAACAGAAACCCAGAAGAACCAACACUUGUGACUCUGGCCUGAAUAACUCCAUCUUCACUCACUUCAUCUGAAAUAAACUUUCCUCGAGAAGAGUUUGUUU